AUGGGAAUUCAAAAUAGAGAUCCGGAGAGUUUGAUUCUCGAAUUUUUGGGGCAUGUGAAGCGACAGCGACACCAAUCGCUGCCUCUGAUCUUGCCCAGGGAACUUGGACUGCGUAGGUUUUUACAAAUCCAGUCUAAACUGUGAUGUAAACUGUAAUGAAAAGAAACUUUUUCAGCUAUGCCAUGGUUUGGUCUGGACAUUGGUGGAACCCUGACCAAACUCGUCUAUUUUGAACCUUCUCAUACUGUAAGUAGCACUAUAAAUAACAUUAGUGUUUAGGAUUAUAUUCUCGAAUCGGAUGAGGAAUUCCAAAGAGGAAAGAACAUCCGGCAAUAUCUCCUGAGUCGCAGUGCUUAUGGAGAACAUGGAAUCAGAGACAAGCAUCUCCAAUUGGAUGACGUCAACAUUAAUGUAAGCGUAUAAAACCUUAUAUAACCGACAUUCAAUCGGACUGGAUGAUCUCAAAUAUUUUAGGGUCGUUGUGGGUCGAUUCAUUUCAUCAGAUUCCCCACCGACCGAAUGUUGAACUUCAUCCAGUUGGUAAAGUCCAAAGGCUUCACCCAAAUGUCCUCCACUGUUUGCGCCACAGGCGGCGGCGCAGUAAAAUAUGCCUUGGAGACGGAAAAGGAAUUAAAUAUGAGCUUGCACAAGUCGGAUGAAUUGGAGUCGCUGAUAAAGGGAAUCGAAUUAAUCGCCGCAAAUAAUCCCAAUGAGUGUUAUUACUAUGACAAGCCCCUGGAAGGAGAAAACAAGGUGAUUUGGAGAUGGUCAAGUGCCCGAUCUUCCACUACUGACUACAAAUACAUUAACCAACCUUGCGAGGAGGGACUACAGUACCCCUACGUCUUGUGCAACAUUGGAUCGGGAGUGUCGGUAAUGGUGGUGAAGGGACGAAACGACUUCCAAAGAGUCUCUGGAUCCAGGUGGGCAUUAAUUUCAAUAUUUAAAUACGUCAAAGUAAUCUAAAAAGUAACUGAUUUAUAUUUUUCAGUAUUGGAGGCGGUUUCUUUAAUGGCCUCUGUUCGCUCCUUUGUGGCGUCGAAUCCUUUGAAGAAGCGAUUGAUUUGGCAACACAAGGAGACAACAAGAACGUAGACAUCUUGGUCGGCGACAUCUAUGGAUCGGGUUAUGACAGUAUCGGUCUUCCCAGUGAUACAGUAGCUGCCAGUUUUGGAAAAGCUUGCACAAAAGCUGGCCGGGAAAGCAUGUCCCGGGCCGAUUUGGCAAGAAGUGCAUUGGCCACAGUCGCCAACAACAUUGGAGCGACUGCUCUGAGUGUCGCCACUCAAAACAACAUCGAGAGAAUUGUGUUUGUGGGCAACUUCCUGAGGGUAAACCCGCUGGCUGCCCGUCUUUUGGCCUAUGCCAUGGAAUUCUGGUCCAAGGGAACCAAAAGAGCUCUCUUUUUGAAUCAUGAAGGAUACUUUGGAGCUGUUGGAUGUCUUGACAAGCUUGUGGAAGUGACACAAUCACGAAAUAUCCCAACAAUGGGAGUUUAG